UUGUCAGAACUGAGAUGCGCAAAUUUGUCCCUGACAUCACAUCGAAAUCAACGCGAAACUUUGGAUUGACUAGAUUCCGGUUUCAAAUUCUCUCUCCCUUUCUCUGUGUAUGUAGUUCGGUCUGGACUCUGUACACAACAAGAGAAAAGGAGGCCUUCUGCGUGAUAUACACGUCUGGACUCUGGAGUAGCUUCGGCUGACAAAAUCCUUCGCACUCCCGAUGAGACUACCUCUCAAAAUCAAAUACAAACCCGUGGCUCUCUCUCUGCUUCCUGAGAACGAGGACGAACCGGCGCCGUUGCAGAUUUUCGACCCGAGAUGUUCGGGCAAUAAACGCCUAAGACGUUCUCCGAGGCUCACUCCUCGGAGUCCUCCAGAGGUCAAUGCGGCUCAAACCAUCGGUAAGAAAGCCGCUUCCAUGGCUUCCAAACAAUCAAAGCCCCACAGAAGUUGGCCCAGACUAUCAUCUGCUUCGGAAACGCGAAAUGCUGCUCUCAAAUGUUUGAAUGCUCGGAGUUUCAGAAGGUCGCCGAGACUGAAUAAUACCCCGGAUCCUAAUCCGGAUUCUUUCCCAGGUACAUUGCGGGGAUCGUCGAGGAAAUCCGAUUCUCUGAAGGGUAGGGGUAGUUUGGAAAAUUCCAAGUUGUCAAUGUUCCACGAAAACUCUCCUAGACGGUCUCCGAGAUUUAUGCCCACUCAAAAUGGCAAAGCUGAGCUUAGCUUAGAUAAGGUGAAGAUCAGACAUGGCUCAAAAGAGUUGAAGGACCUCAAAAUGCUGCAAGAUAGAAAAAGGUUGAAGGUUCAAAUCUUGACAAUGAAUGCUGAUGAAGGUAAUAUACCGUCUAUAGUGGAGUGCUCCAAAGAGAAGUGCCUAAGGAGAUCUCCAAGACUGUCCUCAAUACAAUCUGGAGCCAAAAGCAGAUUUUCAAAGGCUUCACUGCAAAAGAUGUCUUCAAGAAACUUGCAGUCCCUUGGAAAGGGCAGCUUCAAAGCAGUCUCUCCAAGAACUUCCAAUCUUAUAUCAAGAUCAUCAGGAGAAUCAAAAGCUGAGCCAAUUUCUCUCUUAUGGCAUGAGGAUGGUGAUAAGGCAUCUAAGGCGUCCAAAUACUAUGAUGCUGAAUUCUUUGGUGGUAGGCACUUGAGAAGGUCGCCAAGGCUAAAUUCAAGAACUCAAAACAAUGGCAGGGAUAAAUCUAUGGACAAAUUUCAUAUCGACUUAUCUAAUAAAAACCACUUAAGAAGAUCUCCAAGACUACUCGCAUCUUUGACACGGGCUGAUAAUGUCAAACUAGACUGUACUCUCAUUACAUUGUCUAGUUCAGAUGAGCAGUUUUCCAGCAUCAUUAUGCCCUCUUCAGAAAAAUCUGAUCUGGAUGGAGAUUGCUUUAGGCAAUCUCCAAUCACAGCAACAUCUCUAUUUGGGGCAAAUAAUGGCAAAAGAGAACGCACUUUUAUUGAAUUGCCUUAUUCAGAUGAAGAAUGUUCUCCAAAGAAAUUUAAGUCGAUGGAUUCUUCAGUGGAUAAAUGGAAUAAGUACAAACAUAUGCCUUUCUUUGUUGGAGAUCCAAUCCCGGACGAUGAAGCUCAAGAAAGGUGGCGUUGGCGUUAUGAAAGAAAGAGCCAAAGAUCUAAAGGUCAACACUUGGAAAUUAUUGAGGAUGAAGAAGAUGAGAUAGUUUGGAAUGUGCAGAGCCAUUAUGCUCAAGCUAAACUCAACAAUCACAUAUUUAGUUUGGGAGAUUGUGCGUAUAUAAAGGGUGAUGGAGGACAAAAACACAUAGGUAGGAUCCUGGAAUUUUUCAGAACAACUGAUGGAGAGAACUAUUUCAGAGUCCAAUGGUUUUAUAAAGUUGAAGAUACAGUUAUCAAAGAAGAAGGUGCUUUUCACAACAAGAGGCGUCUAUUCUAUUCUACAAUUAUGAAUGAUAACUUGAUAGAUUGUAUUAUUUCAAAAGUCAGUGUUACACAAAUAACACCUAGGGUAGGACGAAUAUUGAACUUUAUUCUGCCGUCUGACUUCUAUUUUGAUAUGGAGUACUGUGUCGACUAUUCAACAUUUCGCUCCUUGGUGAUUGAUAAUUCAGUUAGAAGUCAUGAUGUAUCAUCACCAGAUGGCAUUAAGCCUGUAGAUACGAGGGCCACCCCAACCUUUUCACAGAAUGUUCCCAAUAGUGAAACCUAUGAAGCCAAAUUAGCACUGUUAGACCUUUUUUCUGGUUGUGGUGGAAUGUCUACUGGAAUGUGUCUUGGUGCCAAGCUUACCGGUGUUAAUCUUGCAAUGAGGUGGGCCCUUGAUAGUGAUGGGUCUGCAUGUGAAAGCUUGAAAUUAAAUCAUCCAGAGACACUCGUUAGGAAUGAAACUGCUGCGGAUUUUCUAGAGCUCUUGAUGGAAUGGGAAAAGCUAUGCGGACAUUAUAGACUCAAUGGUGCAGGAAGAACCCAUCCUUCAAGAGUAAUGACCUCAGGAGCAGACAGCUGCAAUGGAAUUCCCACCGGUGAAUAUGAAGUUUCUAGACUUGUUGAUAUAUGUUACGGUGAUCCCAAUAAGACAGGCAAGCGUGGACUGAAUUUUAAGGUGCAUUGGAAGGGUUAUAGCACAAGUGAGGAUACAUGGGAGCCAAUUGAAGGGUUAAGUAAUUGCCAGGAAAGGAUACAGGAUUUUGUACAAAAUGGAUUGAAAUCAAAGAUCUUGCCACUCCCAGGUGAUGUUGAUGUCAUUUGUGGAGGUCCUCCUUGCCAAGGCAUAAGUGGUUAUAACCGCUAUAGAAAUAUUGAUUCUCCAUUAUCUGAUGACAGAAAUCGUCAAAUAGUAGUCUUCAUGGAUAUCGUCACAUUUUUAAAGCCCAAGUUUGUGUUGAUGGAAAAUGUUGUUGACAUUUUGAGAUUUGACAAGGCCUCCCUUGGAAGAUAUGCAUUAAGUCGUUUGGUACAUAUGAAUUACCAAGCAAGGCUGGGAACUAUCGCUGCUGGUUGUUAUGGUCUUCCACAAUUUCGCUUGCGUGUUUUUUUAUGGGGUGCUCAUCCUAGUGAGAAACUUCCCCAAUUUCCGCUUCCAACACAUGAUGUUAUUGUUAGAUAUUGGCCUCCGCCCGAGUUUGAGCGCAAUACUGUUGCUUAUGAAGAAGAUCAACCUCGUGAACUAGAAGAGGCGCUUGUUCUUCGUGAUGCCAUCUCUGAUCUUCCAGCUGUCACAAACUUUGAAAUUCGUGAAGAAAUGUCACGUGAAAAACCUCCAGAAACUGAUUUUCAAAGAUAUAUCAGAUCAACUCGAUAUGAAAUGACUGGCUCCGCACUAAAUGACUCUUUAGAAACAAAACAUUCACUUUACGACCACCGGCCAUACGCAUUGAGUGAAGAUGAUUAUUUACGAGUUUGCCAAAUUCCAAAAAGAAAAGGAGCAAAUUUCCGAGAUCUUCCUGGUGUAGUUGUAGGAGCUGACAAUGUGGCUCGGCGGGAUAGAACAGAACAAAAGCUGCUGCCAUCUGGAAAGUCAUUGGUACCAGAUUAUGCAUUUACCUUUGAGCAAGGAAAGUCCAGAAGGCCGUUUGCGAGGUUAUGGUGGGAUGAGACAGUGCCCACUGUCGUAACAUCUCCAAGUUGCCACAAUCAGCAUUACAUCCAGAGCAAGACCGAGUGCUUACUAUACGGGAGUAUGCAAGGUUGCAAGGUUUUCCUGAUUACUAUAGAUUAUGUGGUACCAUCAAAGAGAGGACAGUUUCAGAAUCCUCUCCCUGUGUAUAGUUUUGGUUCAUAUGAAAAGGAAGCUGCUCAUAAUCCAGAGGUACUGUCAAGUUGGAAAUGCAGUUGCCAUUCCAGUUGCACGAGCCUUAGGAUAUGCCCUGGGAUUGGCAUUUCGGAAGCUCAGCAGGGAUGAACCACUCAUGACUCUCCCCCCCAAGUUUACUCAGUCUAAUUAUAUUCAAUUGGCGAAAUCCCUGUCUCGUGUGAGUCCCUAGUAUUCAUUCUUUACCCUCUUCCAUUCAUCUUCUUAUUUUCGGCAUUUUCUAUACUAUAUUGCGUUCAUUAAUUCUUGAUACUGCUAUAAUGUAAACUAAUGCAAUGCUCAAUAUAUUAUUAAUUUUCAAAGCACAGCCCCAUCAUGAAUCUCCCUAUGAUGUUUAUGAUGAAUGAGAAUUUUGUUGCUGUAGAUAAUGCAUAACAGGCAUACAUAAAAUGCUGAGAAAAUACAUAUAAAUGAUAACCGAGUACAAUCAUAGAACAAAAUCAAAACAAAUUUAGAAGCUCUAAAAUAUCAAAAUUACAGGGCUCUUGGAAUUCGCCAAUUCAGAUCUAGAAUUUGCUUUGUUGCAGCCAGAGAAAUAUUAAUGUGGGAUGAAAUAUUUCUUAGAAAGCCUAUAGCCAUGAAAAACCAUGAUAUGUAGACUCCACUCCUUGAGAAAACUAGUCAAUUUAGAGUAAUAAACUCCAGGUAAAUUUCCUCCAGAGGCCAUGACACCAAGUUUCCAGUUUGACUAUUUUUUCUUACCUUCUUUCCUUUUCUAAUCAUGAGAAAACA